AUGAAGGCUUUCCGCAUCUCACGUGCCCCGGCUGCCGCCGGCGACGCUGCCUUCGAUCCCUUCGCGAAACUUGUCUUCGAGCCCGCGCUCGAGUCGGACGAGCUGUUUGACGCCCUCAGAGAGUCCUACCCCACCUUGAAGACGCAUACCGAGAGGAAGAAACAGGCUGUCCUGGAUUUCCUGAUGGAGGAGCGCCGGGCCAUCGAGCAAGAGAUUACCGCCUUUGUCCAACAGACGGGCACUCCCGCUCCCCAGCCCGAUGAUGGCUACUCGGCCAGACCCUCGCCCGUCUUCUCGACUAGCACGAGCCUUGAUCUCCGCAAGCUAUCGACCUCGAACUCGUCUACCAGCUCCUUGACUCGUAGUGCAGGAUCCAGCCCCGAGACUUUGUCCCUCAAGGACAUGACCUCGGUCUGGACAGCAGCCGGCCAUGGCAAGCCCAAGAUCCACACGCGAAGGUCGAUGACCACCAGGGAGAAGGAGGAGUACCGGCGGAGACGGCAGAUGAAGGCAUGCAAAGAGUGCCGCUCUCGGAAGCGGAAGUGUAACCACGACCCUUCCAAUGCCUCGUCUGCCGCCUCCCCGAGUACCGGUUCGAAAGUGAAGAAGCGAACCUCCACAACCACCUCUUCAAAUCCGCUUCCUUCCCAACAAGCCUUUCUGAGCAGCGAGUUCGACAGCAGUUCGUUUCUCGCCGACUCCACCUUCUCCACCUCCGACAGCCCCUUGGACUUUCUCGACUUCUCUCCGGCCACCGGCACUGAAGGAUCCUUUGAAGACUUCCUCCUCCUGCCCCAGGACGACUUCUCCUCGAUCGACUUCGCCACUGAUCCUCUCUUCCAGCCUGUUCCACAAUCGUUCUCCUACGAUCCGUUCAUUGAGCCACAACAGUCGCAACAACACUACACGCCUUCGACCGGCUCGAGAUCACCGGCAUCCACUUACCAGUCAUCGGGAAUGUCGAGGUCGGCAUCCAACUCAAAUGCGCUGGACACCUCACAGAGUUGGAGCUUUGAUCUAGAUCCAAUGGUGGAUGUCGCAGGCGGCCACGUGCUAAGUGCGACAUUCUCAUCCGCCUCGACUGAUGGCAAGCAGUCAGGCCUGGCUGCUGGCCUUUCACGAAACUCACUUUCGUCUUCAUCUUCACGCAACUCACCAACACAAUCAUCUGCAGUCAGACAGUCAUCCCACUCUUUGGAUGGCGGAGUGAGUCCCGAAAUGUCAAGCAGCAGCCGAACAAGACCGAGCCUUGGAGGAGUGACACCAAGUUCCUUCUUACUACCAGGACUCCGCCAGGUUCCACCCGGUGGUGGGAUGCGCCACGAAAGACUACCACUGACUACGCACGGCAUGACUACCACCAAUGCGAUCAGCACUCACACUGUGGACCUCCCAAGAGAUGCUGGCCUCAUGCCAGCUCCGACGCGAGACUCUCCCAACGUUGCACAGUACGAUGACGCUCGCCGCGAUGGCCUAGUGCUCGGAACCGAUCCCAGCGCUGGCUCCCGCUUUGGCGAGCACGGCAGCUCCCUUGCGCGGCGUCCGCUUUAUGCCAGUGGUAGAGUUGAUACUCUGCAGGAUCGGACCUUACCUCACUCCGAUGGUGAUGGCUUACUGGCCGUCCGUCCCCUACGGGAAUCUGGAAGCAAUGACACCGAAGCUCUGCUGUCGUCGAGAAAUCCUACCUCCGUCAAUCGUCCUCGCUUCACCCAUUCAGACGCUCUAUCCGACCGCUUUAGCGGUGAGGUCGUCAGUGACUCGAGCCAGCGGACCUCUCCGUCAUUUCAAUCGCGAUCCACUACGAGCCUCGCCGAGAGUCACACUGUUGCCCACGGCGAGGGCCAAGAUGGCACACCAAGGCCUGCUUCGGCAGCUGCUGAUGCUAGAGUCCAUGCCAUCUCUGACUCUUCUGCUGACCAGGCACUUGCGGUCAGCAGAUCAUGCAAGGAUGAAGAGCCCAAACGAAGCAACGUCGCCGCCAGAGUGCACUCGCACGCACUGGAUGACGGUGCGAGCGGUGAACUACUAUCACUCGCCGCCGUCCACACUCGUCCUUUCUCUCAACGUGAUGUUGAUGGAGCGAGAACCAACGUUGAGCAACGCUCUUCUCUUCUGCUCAAAUCGAGCAUUUCAGCCAUGGUCUUCGUUAUCGCCUCUCUCUUCUCGGCUCUCGUCCGCAUGGUCAUCUCAUCUCUGCUUCACCUUGCUUCAGCGAGUCGUGAGCAGGAUGCGUUGAACGGUGGCCGCCUCCGUACGAGCAACAUCUCUUCCGGCUAUCCGCCUUCUUCGUCGUUGAUGGAGGUUACUUCCAGUACGCCUAUUGGAAUUGGUAAAGUGAGACUGGGAAAGCCGAAGAUUCUAACCACCUCCGCGACAACACCGGUCUUUUCUGCGCUGCUGUGUGGGGUACACCGCAGUUGCCUGUUCGUGUAA